CGAAAACGGUGUCAUGGCCGCAUUGUAAACAUUCUGUUAAAUGUGUUAAAUUCAUACACAUUUUUUUAGUGAAUUUUAGCAUUGUUUACUAAAAUUUUUAUAUUGAGAAAAUACUAAAAUAAAUACACAAUGAAUCUCCUUAGGAGACAGUGUUUAAACACGUUUUGUAAUGCAAUAAAUAAGCAAAACAAUAACAUAAUUGGAAGAUUUGUUUCAUUCAAAAGUGCAUUUUCUCUUGAUAAAAUAUAUCCAACGAGUAAUUUGCGAUUAUAUACACCUACUUUUGUACCAGAAGAUCCGAAUCAAAGAUUUAGUGGUUACAUACCCAUGGACAAAAUAAAAAUUACCUACAGUCGAAGUAGUGGACCAGGAGGACAACAUGUUAAUAAAGUUAACACCAAAGUGGAUGUAAGAUUUCAUUUGAAAGAGGCAACCUGGCUUGAUGAAGGUAUCAAGGAAAAAUUAGCAGAAUUGUGUAAAAAUUCCAUAAACAAGGAAGGCUUCUUGGUUAUUAAAUCAGAGCUAACUAGUUCACAACAACUCAACGUUGUUGAUGCACUUUCAAAACUGAGGAAUUUAAUUCGAAAAACAUUAGUAGAACCAAAGGAGACACCAGUUGAAACUGUAGAGUUCCAUAGGAAACGGCAAAUUGCAGCCUCUCAAAGAAGACUUUAUGAGAAGAGAAAGAGUUCACAAGAUCGUGAAAAUAGGCAAUGGACGGAUUGAUAAUUUUUUUUAAUUAAGGAAAUUAUUUACUGUAAAUGAUUGUGUACAAAUAAAUGUUAAUAGUAUCUAAA